AUGCGGUCGUCGCUUAGGUUUCUUGGAGAAAAUAUUCGUCGAACUAUAGUUCAUUCACAUAAUGGUCAGUCAGUAGGGAAAACUGUCUAUUUAACCCACGUAAAGUGGGUCACUGGAAAACAUCAACUACAUGACUACUUUAGUCGUUAUGGACAUGUACGCAGUGUGAAUAUGUUCUUUGAUGCGGAAACGGGUUUGCAUCGAGGUUUCGCCUCUGUCACAUUUGAACACCCUGAGAGCGCCACAAAAGCAAUGCAACAUCGACCACAUGUGAUAGAUGGCGACAGGAUCGAUUUGGAGCCGUACAUACCAAUGUUGUCGAAAAAGAAGGACGUAAUGUUGUAG